CACACGCCGAAAAGAAGUAGUUAUUGAACAUAGGCAAAACAAUUUAUUAAUCGGGUUUACUCGGAAAUAUCAAGUUGUACGAAUCGAAAUCGUGCAGAAGCGUUCGCAGAUUCCUACAGACUGGGCGUAAUUUUUUAAAUUCCUCGUGUAAUUUAUCACCAAUCAAGUUUUGUUAACUAUCAGUCAUGGAUCCGGAAACUGGUGACAAGUCCAUAGACCUAACCAAUACUAUGCCAUCGCCUAAUUUUCUUGAUUCAAUGGAUUUUGGCGCUGAUAUCAUGGAUUUUGGUUCUGAUGAUAAUGAUGGGUCUAAUGAAGAAGAUUUAGGCAGGUCAUCGUCUUGCGGCUUUUACGCUGAUCUCAUACGUUACAUGGCAGUACGCCGCCAUACUGAUAAGAACAAAAAGUUUUUUUCAAUCUCCAGUUGGAUGCAGUCUGCAUUUCGCAUUGGAUUGGUAUCGCUUGCAUUGUAUUGGGGUUACAAAAAGGUUAAAGGAGGACUGUUGUCUAUUAAGUGGACUAAACCCUAAUUCUUUUUAAAAAUACUAUUCAACAAAAAGAAUAAAUGAGCUAAAAAUGAAAAUUUUUUUAGUUUAAUA